CAAGCUUCCACAUUGAAGUGACUUAUGGCAAAUAUUUUCUGAAGUGAUUUCUAUACUUUUAUAAUAACCCUAAAAUAAUAAACAACAUAGUGUCUUGACAAAGUGAAAUUGUAGUGGCUUCAAGGAACCAUGGUUAAACCCACGAGGGGAUGUCCAGCAUGAGAAUUCUCCAGUUUCCUCUUCUGUCCAGAGCUGUGCUCUCAGUGAGGGGACUACUGGUUGUCUGACUGGUCACGCUCCAACCAUGACGCCUAAACAUUGCUUUCUAGGCUUCCUCAUCAGUUUCUUCCCGACUGGUGUCAUAGAAACUCAGUCAGCCCACGAGUGUCUGAAACCCCAGAGAGUACAUUUCCAGUCUCGAAAUUUUCACAACAUUUUGCACUGGCAGCCUGGGAGGGCUUGCACCAGCAACAGCAGUAUCUAUUUUGUGCAGUAUAAAACGUAUGGACAGAGACAAUGGAAAAAUAAAGAAGACUGUUGGGGUAUUCUAGAAUUCUUUUGUGACCUUACUAAUGAAACAUCAGAUAUACAGGAACCUUACUAUGGACGGGUGAGGACCACCUCGGCUGAGAUCCACUCGGGCUGGACCAUGACGCAACGUUUCACUCCCUGGUGGGAAACAAAAAUAGAUCCUCCCGUCAUGAAUAUAACCCAAGUUAAUGGAUCUUUGUUGGUGAUUCUCCAUGCUCCAAAUUUACCAUAUAGGGACAAAAAAGGAAAAAGUGUAUCAGUAGAAAAUUACUAUGAGCUAGUAUACCGAGUCUUUAUAAUUAAUAAUUCACUGGAAAAGGAGCAAAAGGUAUAUGAAGGAGCCGGCAGAGUUGUUGAAAUUGGAGCUCUGGCACCUCACUCUGUUUACUGUGUGGUGGCUGAAAUGUACCAGCCCAUGCUAGACAGAAGAAGUCAGAGAAGUGAAGAGAGAUGUGUGGAACUUCCUUGAAGGAGUAUGGAGUGCUCCACAACAUGGAAAUCGAAAACUCUCUGAGAAUGGGAUGGCUCAUGGUUGAAGGAUCUCACUGAAAGUUGUGUUUAUAUUUUCUUGAUGCAGCCUUCACCAUUACACCUCAGGGAACUCUUUGUUUAUCCAUUCUUUCUUCCUUUACGUUGUAUUUGUGAACUAACUUAAGCAACACUGCUCAAAACAUUGGAAUUUAAAGAGGAGGCAGAGAAUAAAGGGCUCUCUGAAAUGCAGAACUUUAUUUCUCAAUGUAACAUCCCAACAACAAUCUGCAUUUGCUCUAAGCUAAAUAAACAUUUGAGAGCCAAGGUAAGAGUAGGCAUUUAACAAACUAUUGUUGGAUUAAUUUUUUUUAAGAUAACAUUACAGACAGAAGCAAUCCUGAAGCAAUCCUUUUUCACUCUCUAUUGAGACAGUUAACUUGACAUAGAUAGGCCAAUUUUUGCAUAACUGGAACUUUUACCUGAAUGAAUAUUUUCCCAUACAUUUC